UUUUUUAAAAAAAAGGGGUUUGGGCAUUGCCAGGCUUUUGACUGAGCUUUAGUAUCCGACACUGCGACGACGUCGUAAUUGAGAAAGCAAGCGCAAUUGCCUGAAUUUACCUCAGAAAAUAAUUUUCAACAACCGAACUUCAGAAUUUGCCUGAAAAAUCCCAGUAAUUAGUUCAUUUGAGACCGGAAGACGAUGGGGAUGAUGAUGAUGAAGACGACGACGAUGCAGAGAAGAGCUUCUUCUGCGGUGAUUGUUUCCAUUGCUCGGUCUCAGGGAGCAGCGGCUUCAUUAGGUACUCCUGCUCCUGCAGGUUGUACUACUCUUGCAUCAUUCCUCUCUGCAUUCCCAAACCAUAAACCCCAUUUGGCUUUUUGUUCUGCUAUUAGUAGUAAAUUUAAGAGUUCUUCUGAAAAAGCUCUGAAAUUUCAACCUGAAUUAAGGAAUGAUAUUAAUAAUGUCAACAGUCUUGAUGAUGCUUUGAGCUUGUUCGAGCGGAUGGCUCGGAUGAGGCCUCUGCCUUCCGUUAUUGAUUUCACUCAAUUGCUGGACCGUAUUGUUAAGAUGAAGAAGCAUUAUUCUUCAGUUGUUUCCCUUUUUAGAGAUAUGUGUGUCAAGGGCAUUCCUGUAAAUGAGUACACCCUUACUAUGGUGAUUAAUUGUUACUGCGUUGUGGGCCGAGUGGAUCUAGCUUUUUCUACAUUGGCUGGCUUCUUCAAACGUGGUUUUGUUCCCGAUGUAGUCACCUUUGGCACUUUGCUUAAGGGACUUUUUCGAGAACAAAAGGUUCCUCAGGCACAAGAAUUGUUCAAAAAGAUAAUCAAGGAAAAACUUUGUAAACCCAAUGAAACUAUGUUGGGGAUUGUGAUAGAUGGGAUCUGUAAGGCAGGAAACACUCAAACAGCCAUUGAAUUCCUCAGAGCAAUGGAAAAACGAGGAAGCCCUUGUAAACCUACUGCAAUUAUUUACAAUACUGUCAUUGACAGCUUGUGCAAGGAUAAAAUGGUUGAUGAAGCUCUUGCCUUCUUACAGGAGAUGAUUGAAAAGGACAUUCCCCCGAAUGUUGUCACUUACAGUUGUUUGAUUCAGGGUCUGUGCAGCUUAAGCAGAUGGAAGGAUGUUGACAAGCUCUUUGCUGAGAUGAAGGUUUAUAAAAUUGUUCCAAAUGUUAUUACUUUUAGUAUAGUGGUGGAUGCACUAUGUAAGGAAGGGCAUAUAGAAGAUGCUGAAGAGGUAGUCCAGAUCAUGAUCCAGCAAGGUCAAAAUCCCGACCUGGUCACAUACAGUUCCUUAAUGGAUGGGUACUGUUUACAGAGUCGAAUAGAUGACGCAAGUAGAGUUUUCAAUGCCAUGGUUGCUAGCGGCCUUACACCCGAUCUCCAUUGCUAUGGUAUUCUAAUAAAUGCCUAUUACAAGACCAAGAAAGUGAAAGCAGCCAUGACGCUCUUUCAAGAGAUUCCACAUAAAGGUUUAACACCUAAUAUUGUUAUUUAUAACACUGUGUUGCAGGGGUUAUUUAGUUCAGGAAGGUAUCUUAGUGCACGAGAAAUUUUCAAUGAGAUGCAAGCUUCUGGCAUGAAGCCUGAUUUUCACACUUACUGUGUGGUACUGGCUGGAUUAUGCAAGACUGGACAUGUCGACGAAGCAUUGGAGUUAUUCCAUGCAACCGAAGCCGAUGGAACAGAUCUUCACAUUGAAAUGUACAAUAUCAUGCUUGAUGGGUUGUGCAAAUGCAGGAGGCUCGAUGGUGCCCGGGAUCUUUUCAAAAAUCUCUCCCUUAAAGGAUUGGACCCUAAUGUCAUAACAUACAACACCAUGAUUGCUGGCCUGCUUUCAGAAGGUCUGCUCAUCGAAGCUAAAGAGCUCAUUGGAAAAAUGGAAGAGAAGGGUUGCUUGGCAGAUAGUGUUACAUACAAUGUCAUUCUGCAAGGACUCCUUAUGGGAGGUCAUUAUGAUGAUGCAGUGGUCUAUUAUGAAGAAAUGGUUCAUAGAGGAUUCUUGCUGGAUGCAUCUACGUUUUCCAUUUUACUUGAUUUAUCUGCUGAGAAUCAGAACAAUCUUUCUGUGCUAAUGUUGAUGCUGAAGAUUGAUCCCAAUAGCAAGAGGUUCAUGGAUGGGGGACAAAGAGGACCUUCACAUUAGUUGUAACAUGUUGGUCCUGCAGUUUUUUGGCCCCUGAUGUUUAAUUUGCUGGUAGGAAUGGUACUAAGGUUCACAUUUGAUCCUUUUAUCACUUAUCAUCUUUGUUUAGAGGAGGUCUCUUGGUGACAUUCUGCAAGGACUCCUUAAGGGAGGUCAUUAUGAUGAUGCAAUGGUCUAUCAUGAAGAAAUGGUUCAUAGAGGAUUCUUGCUGGAUGCAUCUACAUUUUCACAUUUUACUUGAUUUAUCUGCUGAGAAUCAGAACAAUCUUUCUGUGCUAAUGUUGAUGCUGAAGAUUUACCCUAAUAGCAAGAAGUUCAUGGAUGGGGGACAAAGAGGACCUUCACAUUAGUUGUAACAUGUUGGUCCUGCAGUUUUUUGGCCCCUAAACUUUAAUUUGUUGGAACUAAUGUUUGGAUCCUGUUGUCACUUAUCAUCUUUGAUGCAAUUGAACCAUAGAGGAGAUCUGUUGGUCAUAUUUUGUUAAACACCUCAAAGAUCUCCAGUUUGGUGGUGAAGCCACUUUGCUUAGGGAAGUUCAAUUGAUAAGUGUUGCAGAUCAAAGAAAUCUGCUGCCAUUAAUUGGAUUUGUACCACUUCUUAUGGGCGACCUCUUGUCGAUCUUUCCAUGGAGAACCUUAUUGUGGCAUAUCACUUAAGUGGUAACUUGUACAGAGCAGGAGAGCAGUGGAAUUUGUAUAGCAGAGUGUGAAGAUUUGACCUCAGCUUAGACUGGAUAGAGACAAUUAAUUAGGUAUUAAAAUGUAUGGAAAUAGUUAUGAUGAAUUUUAUAUGAAAGGAUUCGGUUAAAGUGAUUAAGACUAAUUUUUUAAAUUACUCUAGCAAACAAAUUUUAUUGCUUUAUAAUUAUGUUUUAGCUAAAUAUCUUAUGCUGAAGAAUGAUGGAUUAUAUCUAUUGGCUGUGGAAGAAGUAAACUGUCUAGUGACCUAUAAACAAUGUUGAGAAGUGAUCUUUUAUUGAUUUGCCAUAUAGUUCUUUUGUGUAGAUUUUGUUUGCAUGAUUUUGAUACUGCAUGUACUAUUUAGCGAUGGGGUCAUGCGUUGCAAAGAGAAUGAUGGUCACAUGUUUUUGGAUGCUGUUCAGAAAAUUAAAUCUCCUUGCUCAUGUUGAAAAUCUAUUUUUGUGUCCUAAGGUGGAUUUCAACCAGGCCUCGUAGAAAUGUUUCCAGAAUGAAAUUAAGAUAUACGUUCUGAGUUAGUAUUAUUCCAAAUUUAGCUGAAGUUUAGCUUAGACAGUGUUAUUCUUCCACACUGUCUUCACGUGCAUGGCUAAGAUGCCAUUGACUUUGUGCUAGUUUAAAAAUCCAUUUAGCACAUUCGAUUUAAAAAAAAAAAAAAAAAACUAGCGGAAUACUCCCACUUCUCAAUCUGAAUGUCGAACUUCAGCAAAACUAGGACUAUGGCUUACAUUUUUUUGGAUCUACUCUAUCAUGCAGUCUCGUUAAGGCAGAAUACUCCCACUUCUCAAUAUGAAUGUCGAACUCCAGCAAAACUAGGACUAGGCCUUAUACUUUUUUGGAUCUAAUCUAUCAUGCAGGCUUGUUAAGAAUGUAAGAUAUAGUUAGAGGUUAAAAUCAAGUUUAUUCAAUUUUACAGAGAAUGUGAUUUCAAUUGAAGUUAUUAAUAUUUAAUCGCUAUAUUUCAUGAUUGAGAUAUAGUACUUAUCGAGGAAAAGCUAUACAGGUGCCCUAUUUUGACUCAAAGUCCAUUAAUUGCUAUCUUACCAUUCUCAGAUGGAUGAGUAUAAACUGCAAAAAUUACUUCAAACCACACCCUAUAUAACAUCCGUUCAAAUAGAGUUGAAAGAAAAUUAAGGACAAGUCUUGAUUUUAAUUUGUUUUAUUUUAUUUCUUGGUGACAAACAUUUAACGGCAAGUCUUGCAUUGAAGUUUUAUGAAUAUGCAAGUGAACAUGCAAGAGAACAGUCUAAAAAUUACUUGCUGUGCUUUGUCUUUUUCUAAAUCUUUGCUGUUUUACAAUGGACCAAAAUCAUGUUUAUCGAAAAAAUUUUGCAGUCCUACUGACAACUUAGUUAUCUUUUCUAAUAGCUUUAGGGGAGGAUUCCCAAUUUUGUUCAACAAUAUCCAAUUGUAAGAUGGAAAACCUAAUCUUGUUUCUGAAUGUGGGAAAAUAGUUUGUGAUAAAAGUAUUCUAUAAAUGGGAUUUUUCUAGUAGCAUCUAGUCUAUGUAGCUGGUUUAGUUUCCAAAGAAUUUCAUCACAAUAUUCUUUCUUACAGUAUGCAGUAAAUUUGAAUUAUUUACUGAAAAGAUACUCAGCAUGGAAUGAAGAUGCUGAAUUUGUAUCUUGAAUACUAGUAACCAUUGUUUGUUAGUCAUAAAAUUUGUUUGAUAAGGUCUUAUUGGUCACUGAGGUGGAAAUGAGAUUUUUUUUUUGGUUUUUGCUAGUCAUUAUUGGGCAUGAUCUGCAGUUAUAUGAAUGACCUUUCAGUAAUUGUAAAUAAUCUAUUUGUGCCUGUGAUCUAUCCAUUUGGCUUAUUUGUCAAAGUUUUACACCAUAGUUCUUGUGUCAAACUGCUAUCAGGACACUUGUGUGAUUGCAAACUAAUCUUUGUCUUUGGCUGACUUCGUUUCUUCCUUAAUCAGUUAGUAGGUCUAGUUUCUUGAGUUGGUUGUCUCUAAUUUCAAUUCUAAUUAGAAAGUUUCUUGUAGCGUUUGAUUCAGUUGUCUUGCACCCCUACUCUUGUGACUUACUGCUUAUAUCUACCACGGCUGCUGCAAUUUUGUUCAAGAGGAGAGUGUACAAGAGAGAACCUCCAUGGCUUGCACUGAGUUGCAUUUCAAGGAUACCCCAAUCUAGAUGGUCAUUCUUAUAACAUCCAAUCCAAAGCCAACAUUAAUUUAAAAGAGCUUUGUCCUGCCAUCAAUUGAAUUGAGAUCGUGGACCAAACCAUUUGGGAAUUGGAUUUGAAUUUCGUUGGAUGUUGAACCAAGUUCAUCUGAAUCAGAGCCGGAAUGAUAUGCAAUGCCUUUCCUAAGACUUUGUGCCAUCCUAUGAUUUAUCCUCAAUAGUGCCACCAAUAUCACUGGAAACUUCUCCCAAUUGCCAAAUUUUCUGCUUGAUUGGGUUUUCUCAAAAUUGCAACUCAAUUUUAUUAUUUUUGCUGUAUGCUGACUUAUGUUUAUUUUGAUGUAGUAGCCUGAACUUGUGUUUUUUCUCUGCUUGUAUGCCGCUGUAUUUUAACUUCCUUCCUCCGGUGGCCCUGGUAUGGCAUCUUAUUUCUCCUUCAUCCGGUGGCCUUAUUUUACAGUUAUAAAUCCCAACAAACCAGCAGUGGUAUGAGAUGCUAAAACAACAGCAACUCGUGUACCAUAAUUGUCAAGAUGCCAUCAAUUAAUCAAGAAACUGGAAUCGCAAACCCCGAGCCAACUGAGACUGCCAAGAGUUCCUUUCAAUCAAGUAUUGCACCUGAGUAAAAAACCAUAGGGCUCAUAUGUUAAAAAAAAGUUGCAAAAUCUUUGACUAUGAUCUAUCAUCUUCCUCAAUGGCAUAUGGACCGUGAGAAGUUGAAUAUUACUGGUAUCAUUUGGAUAAAACAAGACUUGCGCCGACCAUACAGGCAAUGAAAAAGAUGGCAACAAUGGGGAAUCCUGUUUAUGUUCCUAAGGUGUUUUCCUCUGGUGCCGAUGCUGCCAUUUGCAGGCUCUUAUUCUUGCCAUUGCGCAAUAAUCUGCCGUACGACAAACGAAGAACCAAAUAAAUAAGUUCAAUUCAUGUAUAACUUCCCCUGUUAAAAGGGAAAUGGAAAUGAUUUUCAUCUUAAUGAACCAUCUCUCCAUAGACACCUGCCACUUUCUUAACUCCUCUGUUGGAUGCCACGGCAAAGGUGGUCUGGCAAUGAACGAAACAAGUAUAAUGACUAUAAUGUGGUGAUCCUGAAUUCAGCCUAAGCUCGUUCUGUAUAUAAUGCCGUGAGAACAUAACACUAGAGUUUGCUCAAACACUAAUAUGUGCAAUGAAACGCCAAUCAAAGGUUCAAGCAUUACUUGAACUUGUUUAGGGACACAAGCCUAAAAUUCUUAGAUAACUGUGUAAAGGCUAUUACCUUAAAGCUAUUAAAAUCUAAAACCUGCCAUAAUUGAUAAAUUCAUUUAAAGAAGUCAGAAAACCAGGGCGGAAAGACCGCUGCAGAUUAGCUUGGGAUUCCUAUUCAAAUCAAACGGAGUUUGUGCCAGCUUUGGGAAGCGACAAGGCAACUAUUUAUGGUGUCCAGGCCAUCUUUGGAAAUGAUAGCAAGCUCCAGUUAGACGUCUGCCCAAUCACUCAAUUGGAAGUCAAAUUUAGACCAAAAUACAGUUUCAGCUGAGUUGUAUACAUCUAAUUG